CAGUCAUUUUACUUUUAUGAAUUUUUACAUAUAUUAAAAGGUACCAAUGUACAGUACUUCUACCUAUUAAUAAUCAUAAUAUAAUUAGUAAAACAGCAAGAACUAUAUGAACUAAGGAAGAAAUCAAAUAAUCUUGAAAACUUUCGUGUAUUCUUGAUGAGUUGCGAAAAUGUUUGAACGAGGAGAAGCACCUAUGUCAAAACAGAGUUCAAUAGAACUCUGUACUACUCUAUAAAAGUCUUGGCCUGAAUGUAUAAAGAAGAACAAGAGUAGAACAUGGGAAACGAGGGCAAAUGCACGUUUGGUUCGAGAAUGCCUAUCGACAUUCAUAUGCUGAAUCAGAUCAUACACCGCGAAGUGAAACACUUCCGCAACUAUAAGAUAUACAGACCUAACUUCGGAUCCAUUCCUGUAACUGGUAAAUUUUACGCCGCUCAUGAUCAGCUGAAGGCUGAAUCACGGGAACAAACGGAAAAGGUGGACAACUACCAUCGCAACGUGGCACAGACCCGAGCUAAGGGUCCCCACAGCAAGUACCCUUCCCCAGCGACCGAGAAUCAAGUGUACGGUUGGAACUUCAUGCCGCUUGUUGCAAUGGAUCGCAACGACCGACGCUUCUACCAUCCGAAGAGAGAGAGCACUCACACCAAAGUGGAAAUUAUAAUCCUUAUGUCUAACCCCAAAAAUAGGUCAUAAAAUAAUACCUGCAUGUGACAACAAUAUUUUAUAAUGGGGUGCCUUUAUAAAACAACUCUUUUCUGUGUCCGAAGGAACUUUUAUUUUU